AAAGGCAUCUUACUCGAGUUCACUCAAAAUUCAAAACUUCCAAUUGCAAUGCCAAACAACUCCCACUAACAAAUCCAAUCUAAUUUCAAUUCUUUGCCCAAAGCAUAAGUUCUCUCCCCUUCUCUCUUCAAAAAUGGAGAAUCUAUGGCGAGCAGCAACGGGUCAGGACCCGAAUCCGGAUGAUUACAAAGGCGUCGAGUUCUGGGCCAACCCAGAGCGAGCCGGUUGGCUAACUAAACAAGGCGAUUACAUCAAAACAUGGCGACGCCGCUGGUUUAUCUUGAAGCAAGGCAAGCUGUUAUGGUUCAAAGACCCUGCUUCCGUCAGCCUCCGAUCCGCUCCGCGCGGGGUGGUUUCAGUCGGCGGAUGCCUCACGGUCAAGGGAGCCGAGGAUAUCGUCAACAAGGCCUUCGCGUUCGAGCUCUCCACUCAAGAUUCCACCAUGUAUUUCAUUGCUGAUACGGAGAAAGAGAAAGAGGAUUGGAUCAAUUCGAUCGGUCGCUCCAUGGUUCAACAUUCGAGAUCCGUUACUGACUCCGAGGUCGUCGAUUACGAUAGCAAGGGCCGCUUGAAGUAAUGGAUCCAUAGCAUC